AUGAUCGACGUAAGUUGCAAUUAUGCAAAUGACCUGACCGUAGCUCACCAUUUGGACGCGCGUUUGUUACAGGACAGCGACAGGAGUAGCGUUGGCAGCCCUGAACCAGUGGCAGCCAUCACCGGCACGCUCCAUGAACAUCAGAUGAUGAUGGAUGAAAUGAAGAACUCGCGGAAGAAUAGCCCGUCGCCUGAAAAUCUGCCACAGGCGAAACGGGCCGCAGUGGCGCAAGCACAUCUCAACGGGACGAUGGCAGGCAUGGUGACCCUGCAGAACCUUCAGAAUCUAGCGAAUCUGCAAAACCUGCCGCAAGUCGCGUCGCUGGCCGCCGGUCUCCAGGGAAUGACAGCGGGACUGACUAACAACCAGCUCAUCAACACGCCCCUGAAUCUCACUGUCAGCUCCUCCGAUAUGGUCCAGACGACGGGAAAGGAGUUAGAUCGUCAGAUUCUUCUUUCAGCCAAUGACUUUUCACGUUCAGGUGGCACGGUACCAACAGCCUCGAACACGACAGCUGCCCCUCAUCUCCUGCCGCCGAGUUCGACGCCAAUGGCGACAUUACCUCAGCUAUUAUCUCAGCCGCAACCGGUCGCGAUGCCUCAAUUCAUCCUAACGUCCGGUCAAUUGGUUCAAGGCAUUCAAGGGGCUCAGCUUCUUAUCCCUACGUCGCAAGGUGAGCCUUCUGUUUCUUAUCGAUGCAGAGUUCUGGUUACACCCGGAUUAAUUUCCAAUCUCUCGAUAUUAUUCGCUCUUCCUUUUUCCAAACUCACCGAGCAUCAGGCUGUGUCGAGGGUCCCGAAAAUAUUCGAGUCGGCUAAUCGCAGCCUCACCUGUGAAAUUUAA